UUCAGUGUUGUAAAGUUACUAGGACAUGCUCCGUCAGGAUACCUGUAAACCAGACCCAGCUUGAAAUUAGCACGAGAGAGCUGACAGACUUCAAGACCCCCAUAAUAUUGGACACAGGAUCUGGUUUGAUGAAAGCGGGUUUUGCAGAUCAGGACCUCCCAACAACUGUAUUCCCAACAGUUAUUGGGCUGCCUAAAUAUGAGGAAAUAAUGAAUGGUAUGACUGAACGAGAAACCUACAUUGGACAUGAAGCUCAGCACAUGAGAGGGGUGCUGGCUCUGAGGUAUCCAAUGAAGAAUGGAAUAAUUCGCAACUGGGAUGAAAUGGAAAAGAUUUGGCACCACACAUUCCAGCAGCUGAGGGUGGAUCCCGAAGAUCACCCUGUUCUCCUGACGGAGGCAGCCAUGAACCCUUUGGAGAACCGGGAACGGAUGGUAGAGGUCAUGUUUGAGUGCUUCAGUGUUCCCUUAACCUAUGUGGCCAUGCAGGCUGUGCUGGCACUCUAUGCAGCAGGCAGAUCCACAGGUGUGGUGUUUGACUCGGGCGAUGGAGUGAGCCACAGCGUGCCAGUGUUUGAGGGUUAUGCUCUACCUCAUGCUGUUCAACGCUUUCCUCUAGCUGGCCAAGAUGUUACAAUGCAUCUUAAAAAGCUUCUCCAGGAGCAGGGGGUCUGCAUGUGCACCACUGCAGAGCUGGAGAUUGUCAGGGAGAUAAAAGAGAUGUGCUGCUGUGUGGCUUUGAACUACGACGCGGAGCUGACUCGUGGGGGACCCUCCAGCAGGGAGAUGUGUUACACCAUGCCCGAUGGCCAGGUUGUCUGCCUCGGCACAGAGAGGUUCAGGGCCCCUGAGAUUCUCUUCAAGCCAGAGCUGAUUGGACGAGACCAUUACGGGAUGCAUGAGAGUCUUUUCAAGUCAAUCCUCAGCUCAGACAUUGACCUACGGCGGGGCUUUCUGGGGAACAUUGUUCUUUCAGGUGGAAAUACCCUACUUCAAGGUUUGCCUGAGCGGCUCCAGUCAGAAAUCAGAGGCAUGGUGCCGUCCGACCUCAUGGAGUGCGUCCGGGUCACGAGUCCCAAGGAUAGAGACUUCUCUGUAUGGAGCGGCGGGGCAGUACUGGCCAGCCUGCCGUCCUUCACCUCCACCUGGAUCAGUCAGGAAGAAUAUGAGGAAUUCGGCCCGCAGAUCGUCUUCAGGAAGUGCUUCUGAGCUGGACUCAGGUGUGCUGCGUUGGACUCCUGUGUUACAUGCAGUUUGUCGCCUCAUACCAAGUGCAAUAUCGCUCUCAAGACUACAGUGCCAUGACUCGGGUUUGAGCAUCUUUGUUAUAUUUUUUUUUUGUCUUUUAAAUUUUCUUUUAUAAGUAUUGUUGAGCUUUCUUUUUAUCGAGUGUCAGCUCUA